ACGGAAUAUCAACUACUACUUUAGUAAUCAUAAUAAAAAGUAAACAAAAACACAACUUCACGAUUGAAAACAAUCUUGAUGGUCAUUUUAAUGUAGUAAUCAUAGAGAGGGUUAAAGCAGAUUUUAUCUUUAAAAUUUAUGAUAGUUCAUAAAAAGGAUCGUUUGAAAAUAGUUUUAAUUAGAUUUUAAAAUGUCUACCGUUCCAGAAAUCAGAGUGUAUUCCCCAUCUGAGCGAGAAACAAACCGGAACAAACCCACAGUUUUUAGCUGGCACUCACCGAAAUUUGAACUUACAACUCCAAAUUCUUCAAAUAAUGAAAGUCAACAAGUACGUUUAUUUGGUGUUGGAGGUAGGAAGGCCAAUAUAUUUUUUAAAUCAGAAAAGAUACCCCCGGAAUUAUCUGAUGCUUUUCACACUUCCAUGUUGGUUAAGUGGGAGAACACAUUCAACAUGCGAUCGUAUAACUUGAAUAAUUUUCCAACGAGUACUACUAGCUAUAGGACGGCCUACAGAUCCCAGGCAGUAGCUAUGCAGAGAGCUAGAUUGGGAUUUAUUACUGGUACAGCAAAGUCCUUAGACAUUUUGAGACAGAACAUGCAGAAGUACAUCAACAAAGAAAUUGAUGAUAUCAUUCAAAAAUAUCUAGAGAAGUUCUUUAGACCCGGCAUUGAAAACAUUAAAAGUAAUAACGGUGAAAACUCAGUCUCAGAUCAGCAUAUACAGACAGUAUGUCGGCAAAUUCUAGAAGAGGCCAAAAAGAUGUAUCAGACAACAUCUAAUAGAGGCACUAGUCCUGCUGAGUUGAUUGAUUUUGAAAGUAGUUCGUCUAAUGACCAAAAACUGACCAGCACAAAUACAGCACCUAAGCCAUUAGUUAAGAAACGUAAGGAAUCUGACACCGAUUCGGAAGCGAGUUUUAUUCCUGUUAAGCCCAAAAAGCGAAAAGGCAGACCCCCUAAUAUAUCCUCCGGACGAUCAACGCCCAUGAAGUUUAAACUGGAACAAGUGAAGCGGGAAGGUCCGAAAUGGGAUCCUGCCCGUUUGACACCAGAAACUCAUUUUAUUAUGGGCGCCAAAGCGAAUAAAGCUUUAGGACUUGGUGCUACAAGAGGCAGGCUGUACAUAAAGCAUCCAGACAUAUUCAAGUAUUCUGGUGACCAAGAAGAUAAACAAUGGCUGUAUGAUCAUAACCUUAUGCCUGCAACGGGUGGUAAAGCUUAUAUGCUACUCGUCGAAGACAUCAAAGAGUUGGCCGAGUCCGAAGAGUACAGAAACAAUCCAGCUCUUGUAAUCGAUGAGAUUGUUGGUUUCACUGUUCCAGAGAAUAUGGUUCAGAAAAUGAAGAAUACAAUGAUGGAAAUGCGGACAGAUGUACCUACAAGAAAGCGGGGCAGGCCGCCAUCAUCGAAUAACGAUGGGACCAUUGACAUCAAAGUGGAAGAUUUCACCUCUGAUGAAAAACAGGGUUCCAGAACUGUGUCUCCGACUGAUGAUCUUGAUCUUUUAAGUGCAGAUAUGCGUUCUACCGAUCCAUCUCCCUUUAGUUUAGGCACAGGUUUUGAUGAUGUAAGUCCUGCUCAACCUGAAAUUUCUCCAUCCCCUUCUGAUCUAAGUACUACAUUUGACCCACCAUUAUCUGCACCGUUUGACAUUGGAUCUACCACUGAUUGAUGAUAGACUUUAUGUUUCGCACAUGUAUUUAGGAAAAUUUUUGUAUUCGUAUCUGUCCAUGCCAAACUACAAAGGUCAAUGUGCGAAAGGAAUUUCAAACUUGCAAAAUUUGAAGGAAAAAAAAAAGAUUUGCUGUAUUUUUUAAAAAAAGAGACCUUUAAGCUGGUCCCCUUCUGAAAUUUAUUUUCCUCAAUAUCUAAUGGCCUACUGCCCUUAAGACAAUUAGUUUGUUGUCGAUACCGAUACUGAAAUCUUCCCAUGUGCUUGAACAUUUUGUAAAUACUACUGCUUCUUCUCUACCUGUUAACAAAAAUCUCCAUGUUCAUGUGCAGGCACGUGUGUUUUAUGAACGCAUAUCUGUUCAAUGUGGACAUAGAUAGUGAUUAAUAUUUAAAGUUAACAAAACUGAUUUUUUUUAAGGUCUUUUACCCGAUUUCUAUCCUUGAUCCACUAUUAUCUGCACUGUUUUACAUUAGAUCUACCACUAAAUAAAUGUUGACUAUAUUCUAUAAAUUACUUGCAUGGGGUGUAAAUUUUACUAUUUCAUUCUCUGGUAACCUUGAUCUCUUUAUGGAGCAGAUAUGUAUUUCACAGGAAUCACAGUUAGUAAAGGCAUGGCUAACUUCGCCAGCUGAGAGCUGGGGAUAAUGCUUUCCAUUCUGGCAGCUGGCAAGCAUACACAACAAUGUAAUUAUUAAUUCUGUUACCGCUGUCUCUUCAUUGGUUGUGGUGUGGAAGUUCUUUUUAUAACCACCAUUGGACAGCUGGCUUAAGUUUACUCAAUUCCGUACCAUGUAAUUUUGAACCAAACAAAGUAGACAAGGAAACUACUGGACGAAGCAUCGGUACUAACUAGUCUAUGUAGAGAACUUUUACAUGAAACUGACUUGCAUGUAUGUAAUAUAAAGAUGCAAAACAAUAUAACCUGGCAUGUGGUUUUUAGGCUGAAAUAAAAUUGCAUGGUGGUUAAAUGAUAGUAUUUUAAAACAGCUCUAGGUGCUCGUCUAUGGUUGGAUGAUAUGCGUGUUUCAUAGAUCUAUCUCUUCUGAAUAUCGACACACAUUUUCAUUGAGGAAACCCACUAUAAAUUUAAAGUUUGACUGGUCAAUUAAUAGCUUGCCAUUAUCUGCACCUUUUGACAAUGGGUUACUAAUAGUGAACAUUUAAUGUAUUACUAUUAAUGCUUGUAGAAUUUUGAAUUUUAUUAUAGCUUCUCUAAAGGUAACCAUGAUCUCUAUGUACUAGGAACAGAUUUUGAUCAUAUGAAUCCUGGUUCUAAAAUUGACUCACCAUUACCUGCAAUGUCAAACAUUAGUUCAACAAAUAACUGUUUAUUUUAAUAUUCUUAAUUUUAUAUUGCAUAGAUUUUAUCAAUAUACUGUGUUAAUUUCAUUAUGGUAUUUCAUAUGGCCUUUUUUUUUUGGCUUUUAAAUUUAUAAUGUGGUAUGAUUUUGUUCAAAUUAUUAGCUAUAUAUAGUUUCCAAAUUGUGUACCAUGGUACCCUUAAGGUGCCCCAUAAAAAUGUCUCCAUUUUUGACUGUUAGGGAUAUCAGUAAAAUCCUAGAAUAGCCCACCUCUUGGCGACUUCUUAAAAAUCUUGCCAAGUUGGCGAUUAUUGCUGGGAUCAACAUUCCUUUUUGAUUAUUAAAAAACAAUUUAAGCUAUUAAAAUAUUUUUAAUAGAAUAAAAAAUAACUUACCUUUAC